ACGUGUAGUCAGAAACCCCAACCGACAACACACACAAUCAUUUCCACUGUAGCACUCCACUCCACUCCACUCCGCCCCGCUCCCUCUUCAUUUUAUUAAAAACCUCAAACUAAACAAAACAAACGAAAAACAUUGUAAAAAAUAAUAAAUCUCCUACAAACUUGUUUUUAAAACACACAAAAAUUCCGAUUCUUCGAUACUUAAACAAAUCCAAUCAAUGGCCAACUCCGAUUCUUCCACUGCUACACUUCCUAUCGCUCCUAAGAAAGAAAACACAGUUCCGAUUGGUUCAAAGAUCGCUGAAUUAAAUGAAUCCAGGAGUGAUCUUCUUAACAGAAUCCAAGGCUUAAAGCAGGAUUUGCAAAGUUGGAGAUCGAAGCUGGACACUCAAGUCAAAAUCCAUCGUGAUGAGUUAUCGGAAUUGAAGAAGUCAUUGAAUGUUGAGGUCGAUCAACUUCGUAAGGAAUUUCAAGAACUGAAGAACACACUGCAGCAGCAACAAGAAGAUGUUACAGCCAGCCUACGGAAUUUAGGGCUUCAAGACAGCACAGGUGAUGCUAAAGAGGCUCAAGAACCCAUGCUUGAUGUAGAAGACCAGGAAGUACACGCUUCAGUUGAAGAGGUUAUUGAGAUGAGAUGAAAACUAGGAUGUUUUGUUAUGGAGCGAGUAUUUCUUGUACUUUAGCUCUACUGGAGAUGAGAGUAUCAAUCAAUUUACAUUCCUGGCGCUUUCUCUGGUGGCUUGGAGUCAAACUCUGCAACUACGUACUUAGCUUUCCAGUACAAGGCAAAAACUUUUUUCUGAAAUAUAUGUUAAUUGGCAUUUGCAUAUUUUUUUUUAAAGCACCGUUCUCCAUAUAUUUGAAUAUUUAUCGUCUAGUGGAAGCCCAGUAUAAAGUACAUUAUUUAGACA